CAGAAACUCCUCUCCCUCCCUCACUUUUCGCAUUUGAGCACGACACUCCCCAUCUCCUCUGUCGCCUUUCUGGUUUCUACAUACAACACGGGAACGCAUAUCCUUUAUUCCUGGUACUGCUCUAUUUUCUACGCCGUAUAUAUAAUACCAUGCGCUGCCCGGAUCCCACCUUGAAAUACUACCCAAUGUCCGACUUUAUGGACAUUCCCAAGAACCCAGUGCCAUCCCUGCCCGCCCACGAGCCGGCACGGACAAUAUUUGCAGCCAAGCCUGCAGCCGACUUUCACCCAGGCAGCGCAUCGUGCAAGAGUGAUCCGCCAGCCAAUUUUCGGCCAAAGCUAGUGGCGCGGUCGCCAUUGCAUCUGCGUGAGCUGGGCGAGUACCGCGACAGCCCGCACACGCUGUAUUCGUCGACAAGGUUGUACACACGCACGAAGCCCCAUGCUCCCGAUUGGCCGCAGUUUAAUAGCCCGGAGAACAUGGACCCGCACUCGUCGCUGGUGCAUUUCGAGUCUGCGUUGGCGCUGGGUCCACGUCCACGUCGGCCGUCGCGCAUCGAUGUGACGCGCGUGGUGAGCGAGAAUGCCAGGUGUGGUAUACGCCAGGCACACGGCACUGCGAGGUCACUCAGUAUGAUUGUGUCCCGGACAGAGAUAUCUGAGGAGCUUGGGCGUCUUGCUGCGCUGGUUGGCCAGGAUUCGCAGCCAGGAUGCCGGGCGUCGCGUGGGUCAGAUGUCACGGCUAUCUCUAGCCAGGACACGUUCUUGGACCGCGGCCAGGUCGGCGAAAUGUCGCCGAGCCGGAUGUCAGCAUGCACCCUCGAGGACGAAUCAAUGUCAGUGCAUGGAUUCCCUGUCAACUACUCGCUGGACGAGAUCGAAGGCAUGGAGGAGCAGACUUGCGGCGAGCUGGUUGGCAUGCCGCUGCUCGAGACACACGAGGGGCUGGGCACCAUGCUGCGCGUCACAAAGUCAGUGCGCCGGCCAUAUUCGGAGGACUUUCUGCAGCACGCAAGGAUUACCAUGGGCACCAGUCUGGGCUUGAGCGUCGAGGAGAGCCUGUACGAGGUGGUGUGUGGCAGCAGCCACCAGCGCGAAAUGUACAUCCGCAACUCGUGCGCCGACUCCGGGCUGGUCAAAUCGACAUUUGACCUCGCCAAACUGCUUCCUGCCACGCCGCAAUGAAAGUCGCUUUUCCAUGUUCCCCUGUAUUAAAUUGUGUUUUUAACCUUGUCUUUUUAUGUUCAACUCGUAAGCUUAUGUAUCCCUGUCAUAGGU